AUGUGGCGCGCCGCCGCGAAGCUCGACGCGUGCCACGUCUGCGGCGAGGAAGCCCCGGACCACUGGCGCGCCGACGACGAGAUUCUGUUUUGCGACGGAUGCGACGUGCAGGUGCACGUCUCGUGCUACGGCCUCGAAGGCGUCCCCGAGGGCGAGUGGCUGUGCGUCGGGUGCUCCGACGGCGUCGACGCGGGGAAGGUGUCGAAAGGCGAGUUUGGCGUCUGCGCGCUGUGCCCGCAGCCCGGCGGAGCGCUCGCGAGGGUGGACCCGCCGUCGGGAUGGGACGUGUCGUGGGAGACGCCCGGGACGCACGCGCACAUCGCGUGCGCGGAGUGCCUCCCGGAGGUU